CAGAUAUCGGAAGUUAUACUGACAGUACACAAAACUGGAUUCACUUCGAAGAACAUUAAAUAGUUUACGACAAAGUAAUGAACAUGCGUUUAAAAUAAAACUUUAUUUUUAUGAAUCACGUUUUCUUAUAAAAUAAAUUUAAAAAUUCUCAUUCUCUAUCAAAUUCUCGAAAUAAAUAAAUAAAUAAUUAAAUGGAAAAAAUGGAAAUUUUUAUAU